AUGUCUACCACAGAGAGGUUCGUGCAACCGGCCAUACCAAGGUUCGAUGGCCAUUAUGACUUUUGGUCCAUGACGAUGGAAAACUUCUUACGAAGCAAAGAAUUGUGGCAGCUCGUAGAAGAGGCCAUUCCAGUGCUUGACGCCACAUCCAUUGAGGUUCAACGCAAGAGUGUUGCAGAGGCCACUCUAAAGGAUCUAAAGGUAAAGAAUUACCUAUUCCAAGCUAUUGAUCGGGGGAUUUUGGAAACCAUAUUAGACAAAAGUACAUCGCAAGCAAUCUGGCAAUCCAUGCAGAAGAAAUAUCAAGGCUCAACAAGAGUAAAACGUGCUCAACUUCAAGCACUAUGCCGUGAGUUCGAGCUUUUAAGUAUGAAAGAAGGGGAGAAAGUAGAUGCAUACCUAGAACGCACUCUCAGUAUAGUCAACAAGAUGAAAUCAAAUGGUGAGAAAGUAGAUUCUAGCACGGUAGUUAGCAAGAUACUUUGA